GUAUCCUAAACAGUGUUCGGUGGUUGAGACCUGCCAGGUGGGGUCCGGGCUCCCACCCCCGCAAAGGGAAUCAGUAAAGGGAAGGGGAAAGCCUUGCUCCCCUGCAGAAAGAGCCCCCACGGAGGCACCCCAAAUCAGGCAGGACAGAUCGUUAGUCUCCCCAGCAGUGGCAGCAGCUGUGCGGGGUGGUCUCAGGCUGCCUUGAUACCUCAGUUUUCAUCUGAGGCAUGAGGUGAGCCGUAGCUCAGAAGAAAAAGAAACAACACAGGAUGUCAGGCUCCUUACGGCUCACCAGGCUGAAUAACAUGAACUGGUUUUGAGAAAAAUGUAAAUGAGCUACUGGAUGAUGGCAAAGGUGGAUUCUGUGAGCAGUCUCAGAGCCCAGGAUGGCGUGUGCUGAGUCGAGGGCGGAACCACCCCCCAAAUCAAGGGUCUGACUUUGGAGAGCGCCUUAGCUGUCGUCUGUCAUUUCUGUGGUGGUGAGGUGCAGGCUGUCUGCCUGUGUUUCGCUCGUGCUGGCUUGGCGCGGAGGCUGAUACAACCACGGUCUUUUCGUAAGCCAUGUGAUAAAGAUGAGAACUGCAGACUGAAGAAGUGUGUCGCUAAGGGGGCGCGACAAGGUUGUAGUGUCUGAGCUCGGCUUUGAAGUAUAAAUAAGGAGAGGAAAGGUAUGCCUGGCCACUGGGACCAGAAGAACAACGGCAGAGAGUCCAGAACCAGGUUUUCACAGUCACCCAAGCCUCGCGAGAGAGGAGCAGCCAGGAGGUCAAGUUCAGGGAUGGUCUUGAGGUCUCUGAAGGCAGUGAGGGACAUCUCAUCCACACACCCAGGAAGAUACCCGCCCCCACGCUGGCGGGGCAGGGUCACGAGAAGCCCCCAGCCUGCCGGGGUAUGGGGAGACCUGUGCCAAGGCAGGGGCUAUGGUGAGGGACCUUUCUUAGAGUCCCCCAAAGGUGAGGGGCCGCAGAGCCCACCCACACACCCCUAGCUUGGGUUGGUGCCAUUCCUGGAGCCGAGCCAAAUCUAGACACCAGGGCCCCUUUGCAGAGGAACCCAGAUUUUGGCCAGCUGGCCCAUGGUCCACAUCCAAAGCAAACAGGAAGAGGCUGAAGAGGGCCAGGCAGAACCUAGCUCUUUGUUUGGAGACGGGAUUAGCCGAAUGGAUUUAUGGGUCUGCCUGCUGUUCAGGUAGAUCGGUGUCACCUGCCUUCCCCUCUGCCCUCUGGGUGCCAAGCCUGCGGCCUGCCCUUCAGCCACAGUCCCGCCUGAUCCCCGCACCGUCCAGGCCACCUGCAGCCUGUAACCAGACACUGUUUGCUCCCAGCAGGCACCCCCCCCCCCAGCCAGCUUUGUACAGUUUCAUUUCUGAUCUCUCCAGAGCCUGGGCAGAGAAUACCCCUAUCUAGGCUAGUGACCUUCGCCUGAGCCCUGGUUAAUAUUUGUCCAAUCCAAAGGCAGUCAGGCUCUGCCCCCUGUGAGAUAUAAGCUGGCCCAGGGCUGCUGUGCUUCCCACUUGGCCUGAGCCACUCUGAGCUCCCUGCCCACCGGCAUCAUGGCCAAGGGCUUCUACAUUUCCAAGACCCUGGGCAUCUUGGGCAUUGUGCUGGGUGUGGCAGCUGUGUGCACCAUCAUAGCCCUGUCCGUGGUCUAUGCUCAGGAGAAGAACAAGAAUGCAGAGAACUCUGCCACAGCUCCCACGCUCCCUGCCACCACCUCAGCCACUACCUCGGCUACCACCUCGACUACCACCUCGGCUGUCACGUCUACUGCCACCCCAGGCACUACUGUAGAUCAAAGCAAACCUUGGAAUCAGUACCGCCUGCCCAGGACUCUGAUACCCGACUCCUACCGGGUGACUCUGAGACCCUACCUCACCCCCAAUGACCAGGGCUUGUACAUCUUUGAAGGUAACAGUACUGUUCGCUUUACCUGUCAGGAGGCCACAGAUGUCAUCAUCAUCCACAGCAAAAAGCUCAACUACACCCUAAAGGGAAGCCACCUGGUGGAGCUGCGCGCUCUGGGUGGUCCCCAGGCACCUGGCAUCAUCAGCACUGAGCUGGUAGAGCGCACGGAGUACCUGGUGGUACAACUGCAGGGGUCCCUGGUAAAGGACCAGCAGUAUGAGAUGGAAAGCCAGUUCCGGGGGGAGCUGGCCGAUGACCUGGCUGGAUUCUACCGUAGCGAGUAUGUGGAGAAUGGCGUCAAGAAAGUGGUGGCCACAACGCAGAUGCAGGCUGCUGAUGCCCGGAAGUCCUUCCCCUGCUUCGAUGAGCCAGACAUGAAGGCCAUAUUUAACAUCACCCUCAUCCACCCCGCCGGCUUCACAGCUCUGUCUAACAUGCUUCCCAAAGAUUCCAGUCCCCUUCCUGGAGAACCCUCCUGGAGUGUCACGGAGUUCAAUCCCACUCCCAAGAUGUCCACGUACCUGCUGGCCUACAUUGUGAGCGAAUUCAAACACAUAGAAUCGAAAACAUCUGAUGGAGUCCAGAUUCGAAUCUGGGCUCGGCCCAGUGCCAUUGAUGAGGGCCAUGGUGAUUACGCCCUCAAUAAGACAGGUCCCAUCCUAAGCUUCUUUGCCCAACAUUAUAAUACACCCUACCCUCUAGAAAAGUCUGACCAGAUCGCCCUGCCUGACUUCAACGCCGGAGCCAUGGAGAACUGGGGGCUGGUGACCUACCGUGAGAAUGCCCUGCUCUUUGAUCCACAGUCCUCCUCCAUCGGCAACAAGGAGCGGGUGGUCACUGUGAUUGCUCACGAGCUGGCCCAUCAGUGGUUCGGCAACCUGGUGACGGUGGCCUGGUGGAAUGACCUGUGGCUGAACGAAGGCUUUGCCUCCUAUGUGGAAUAUCUGGGUGCUGAUAAUGCAGAGCCCGACUGGAAUCUGCCAGACCUCAUAGUGCAGAAUGAAUUAUAUCGUGUGAUGGCUGUGGAUGCACUCGCCUCCUCCCACCCCUUGUCCAGCCCUGCCGAUGAGGUCAACACGCCGGCCGAGAUCAGUGAGCUGUUCGACAGCAUCAGCUACAGUAAGGGAGCUUCAGUCAUUAGGAUGCUCUCCAGCUUCCUGACCGAGGACCUGUUCAAGACGGGCCUUGCAUCUUAUCUCAAUGCCUUCAAAUACUCGAACACCGUUUAUCUGGACCUGUGGGAGCACCUGCAGAUAGCCGUGGACGACCAGACGGCAAUCCAACUCCCAAAAUCCGUGCGCGACAUCAUGGACCGCUGGACCCUACAGAUGGGCUUUCCCGUUAUCACUGUGAAUACCCAAACAGGAGACAUCUCCCAGGAACACUUCCUUCUUGACCCCGACGCCAUUGUCACCCGCCCCUCACAAUUUAACUACUCCUGGAUCGUGCCCAUUCCGUAUCUCAAAAAUGGACAGUCGCAGGACAGUCUCUACUGGCUGGAAGCCCAGAAAGCCCAGAAUGACAACUUCAAGACCCUCAGUGACCAAGAGUGGGUCUUGCUGAACCUUAAUGUGACAGGCUAUUACCAGGUCAACUACGAUGCAGGCAACUGGGAGAAGAUUCAGAAGCAGCUGCAGAAUGACCUUUCUGUUAUCCCUGUCAUCAAUCGUGCGCAGAUUAUCUAUGACUCCUUCAACCUGGCCAGUGCUCGAAAGGUAUCCAUCAUUCUGGCGCUGAACAACACCCUCUUCCUGGACAAAGAAACGGAGUACAUGCCCUGGGAGGCCGCCCUGAGCAGCCUUAACUACUUCAAGCUCAUGUUCGAUCGCUCCGAGGUCUAUGGCCCCAUGAUGAGUUACCUGAAGAAGCAAGUCCAGCCCCUCUUCAAUCACUUCGAAAUUCAAACCCAAAACUGGACCAUUCGCCCAUCAACACUGAUGGAACAGUACAAUGAAGUUAACGCCAUCAGCACCGCCUGUUCCAGUGGUAUCAGAGAGUGUAAGGAACUGGUUUCUGACCUUUAUACAGAGUGGAUGAGCCACCCUGAUAAUAACCCGAUCCACCCCAACCUUCGCUCUACUGUCUACUGCAACGCCAUUGCCUUCGGCGGUGAGGAGGAGUGGAACUUUGCCUGGGAACAGUUCCGGAAAGCCACUCUGGUAAACGAGGCAGACAAGCUCCGAGCAGCCCUGGCCUGUAGCAAAGAAGUGUGGAUUUUGAACAGGUACCUGAGUUACACUCUGAAUUCCGACUACAUCCGGAGGCAGGACGCCACCUCCACCAUCAUCAGCAUUGCCAGCAAUGUGGCUGGGCAACCUCUGGUUUGGGACUUUGUCCGAAGCAACUGGAAGAAACUCUUUGAGGAUUUCGGAGGAGGUUCGUUCUCCUUUGCCAAUCUCAUCCAGGGGGUGACGCGGCGCUUCUCCUCUGAAUUCGAGCUGCAGCAGCUGGAGCAGUUCAAGGCGGAUAACCUAGAGACGGGCUUUGGCUCGGGCACUCGGGCUCUGGAGCAAGCUCUGGAGAAGACGAAAGCCAACAUUAAGUGGGUGAAGGAGAACAAGGAGGCCGUCCUCGAGUGGUUCACACAGAACAGCCAGUAGACCCUGGUCCUGAGAGCCACUUGGCCCCACGUGACACCGAUGACAAUCUCGGCAGCCUGUGCAGGGUCUCUGUCCUCAGAGCUCCAGACACCGGCAUCCUACCCUCAAGGACCCCGUGAGCCAGCCUAGCUCCUACCUGCCAGGCUUCUCUGGCAGACCCCCAGCCCUUGCCCCUCAUGCCAACUCUGCCCCAGGCCCAGGCCUCUGGGGCUGAUCUCAGGGAAGCCCAGCUCUGAGGCCAGAUUAAGAAGAUUUUACUGGACAAAGGACACCCCGGAUAGAGUCACCCUGCACACUUUACCACUGUUCCCCACAAGACCCAGAACCAAAGAAUCAACAGGACACAAGAUCUAUAUAUAUUUUUAAGAGAAAAUGUAAAUAAAGAAUUUCUAAAAUGA